AUGCCCCGAAGCAUCAAGAAUCCUUUCACCAACUCUGAAAAGCCUGCUGCUGAACAGAGACGGCCAUCACAAUCCAAAGGCAACCGUCUCAGCCAAUUCUUCUCCUCCUCGCCAAAGUCAAAGGAGCAGCAGUACGCCCCGAUGCCUGCUCAAACCGAGGGCCAAAAGGCUUCCGCCUUUGGUCUCCCCAGCAUCUCCCUCUCCUCCGACGCAAAUGCCGACGAGUCCUCCAUGACUCUGUUCCAGCCCCUCUCAUCCGAGGAUGUGUCUCGCCAGAAGUUCGCCCCUCUUCUGAGCCAGAAGCACAGAUACGUCAGCAAGCACCACGGAGAGCCUCUCACCGCUCCCGUCAUUGACGAGCCUCCCUACUACUACGUUCUCACCACCUACAUCAGCUACCUGCUCCUGAUUGCUCUCGGCCACAUUAGAGACUUCUUUGGAAAGCGCUUCAGCAAGAAAUCGCUCUACCAGACCAUCAAGGCCGUCAAUGGCUAUGCUCCGCUCACCGAUGACUUCGACAGCUUCUACACCCGCCGUCUGAAGAUGAGAAUCGAUGAUGUAUUCGGAAGGGCUACGACCGGAGUCCCCGGCCGCUUCAUCAAUUUGAUGGACCGUGUCUCUGAUGACUUCAACAGCUCUUACCGCUACCUUGGUACCACCACUGAGACCCUCAACAUGAGCUCGUACAACUAUCUUGGUUUUGCUCAGUCUGAAGGUCCCUGCGCCGAUGCCGUUGAGGAUUGCGUCCGCCGUUACGGUCUUAGUGCCUGCAGUCCUGCUGCCGAUGGCGGCAACUCUGAUCUCCUGGUCGAGGUUGAGCGCGAGAUUGCCGCUUUUGUCGGCAAGCCUGCUGCCAUGGUCUUCUCCAUGGGUUUCGUCACGAACGCCGGUGCUUUCCCUGCUCUCGUGUCCAAAGGCUGCCUCAUUCUGUCCGACGAGCUGAACCAUGCCUCGAUCCGUCGCGGUGCCCGUCUUUCUGGUGCUGUUAUUCGCUCAUUCAAGCACAACGACAUGAUCGACCUGGAGAAGAAGCUGCGCGAGGCCAUUGCUCAGGGCCAGCCCCGCACGCACCGUCCCUGGAAGAAGAUUCUCGUUGCUGUCGAGGGAUUGUACUCCAUGGAGGGUACCAUGGUCGACCUGCCAGGCGUGCUGAACCUCAAGGAUACCUACAAGUUCUACCUCUACCUCGAUGAGGCUCACAGUGUCGGUGCUCUUGGCCCCAAGGGCCGUGGCGUGUGUGACUACUUCGGCAUUGAUCCCAGCCGCGUUGAUAUCCUCAUGGGCACUCUCACCAAAUCCUUCGGUGCCAACGGUGGCUACCUUGCUGCCGAGCAGGCCAUCAUCGACAAGGUUCGCAGCACCAACGCCGCGACUCUUCUUGGUGAGACUCCUACUCCCGCUGUGCUCAUGCAGAUCUCUUCGUCCCUGAGAGUCAUCACCGGCGAGCUUUGCCCUGGCCAGGGCGAGGAGCGCCUGCAGCGUAUCGCCUUCAACUCGCGGUAUCUCCGUCUUGGGCUCAAGCGUCUUGGACUUAUUGUCUACGGACACGACGACUCUCCGAUUAUCCCCGUUACUCUGUACAACCCUGCCAAGAUCCCCGCUUUCAGCCACGAGAUGCUCAAGCGCAAGAUCUCUGUUGUAGUCGUUGGCUACCCUGCGACACCACUCAUCAGCUCUCGUGCCCGCUUCUGCGUCUCCUCGGCCCACAACAAGGAGGACAUGGACCGUCUCCUUGCGGCUUGCGACGAGGUUGGUGACAUCCUACAGCUCAAGUUCUCUACUGGCAUUGCUGGCGGGCUCAAGCCUGCGGCCAGCGAGAAGGAGAGGCAGCAGCGCCGGGAGGGCAUCAUGGAGCCGCCGAGAUGGACUCUGGAGGAAGUCCUCGCCAGUGGCGAGGAUGACGCCAAUGUCAAGCUCCAAUAG